AUGACGUUUCCUCCUGCGGUUUGGCACCGCGGUGGUGUUUACGGCUAGCUGCUAGCUGAUACAAAUAUGUGACACAUAAAGCUGCAGGAACAGAAGUCGUUUUUCAUAUAAACUCAAACACAAAACCCCUUCAUAAUGACCAACAGGACAUCGUAUUUCUAUGACCCGGACGUGGGCAACUUUCAUUACGGUACCGGGCAUCCCAUGAAGCCUCACCGUUUGUCUUUGACACACAGCCUGGUGUUGCACUAUGGGCUUUACAAGAAAAUGAUGGUUUUUAAACCGUACAAAGCCUCACAGCAUGACAUGUGUCGCUUCCACUCUGAGGACUACAUCGACUUCCUGCAGAAGGUCAGCCCCAACAACAUGCAGGGCUUCACAAAAAGCCUCAACACCUUCAAUGUAGGAGAUGACUGUCCUGUGUUUCCAGGUCUGUUUGAGUUCUGCUCAAGAUACACAGGAGCAUCUUUACAGGGAGCAACGCAGCUCAACCACAAGAUUUGUGAUAUCGCCAUCAACUGGGCUGGAGGAUUACAUCAUGCCAAAAAGUUUGAGGCGUCUGGCUUCUGCUAUGUAAAUGACAUCGUCAUCAGCAUACUGGAGCUUCUCAAGUACCAUCCGCGGGUGCUGUACAUCGACAUCGACAUUCACCACGGCGACGGCGUUCAGGAAGCCUUUUACCUGACUGACCGCGUCAUGACCGUGUCGUUUCAUAAAUACGGAAACUACUUUUUCCCCGGAACAGGUGACAUGUACGAGGUGGGGGCUGAGAGCGGCCGAUACUACUGCCUCAACGUUCCUCUGAGAGACGGCAUCGACGAUCAGAGCUACAGGCAGCUCUUCCAGCCGGUGAUCAAGCAGGUGGUGGAUUAUUACCAGCCCACCUGCAUCGUCCUGCAGUGCGGAGCAGAUUCUCUGGGCUGCGACAGACUGGGCUGCUUCAACCUCAGCAUACGAGGACACGGGGAGUGUGUGGAGUUUGUAAAAAGUUUUAAGAUCCCUCUGCUGGUUCUCGGAGGAGGAGGAUACACGGUGAGGAAUGUGGCCCGCUGCUGGACCUUUGAAACGUCUCUGUUGUUGGAGGAAUCCAUCAGCGAUGAGCUGCCUUAUAGCGAGUAUUUUGAGUACUUUGCUCCUGACUUCACGCUGCAUCCGGAUGUGAGCACCAGGAUAGAAAACCAGAACUCCAGACAGUACCUGGAGCAGAUCCGGCAGACCGUGUUUGAGAACUUGAAGAUGCUGAACCACGCACCCAGCGUGCAGAUCCACGACGUUCCCUCAGACAUGCUGAGCUACGAGCGCAACGACGAGCCCGACCCCGAUGAGAGGGGAGCCGAGGAAAACUACACCCGGCCCGAAGCAGCAAACGAGUUCUACGAUGGCGACCAUGACAACGACAAAGAGAGCGACGUUGAAAUCUGAAACGCUGCAGCUUCCCUGAGAAUCAGCGGAUUCAUGCAGGCAGCUAACGGAACGUUGCUGAGAUUUUCUCACCACUCGGAAGUUGCUUUUUUUUUAUGGAUUCUGACAUGUUUUUGGUAUUUUAUGAUCAACGUUGCGUUUUUUCUGUGUAAUCCUGAUGUUUGUGCUUUUGUAUCUGAAAGGUUUUUGAAUCCAUUGAUUCGUGUGCGUCAGACCGGGUCAGACCAGCCGAAAACUCUCCCGGCUUUAUGGAUCAGUUUAAAGUCACCACUCGGUUUUUUAAGUAGCUGUGAUUUAUGCGACGUGUUCACAUGUGAAACCCAAACAAAGCUUGGUUACACGUCCCGCCUGCAGUCUGGUAUAGACUCGUUAGAGUUUUGAUAGUUUUGUUAAUAAAAACUGAAUCAGUGA